CUGAGCUGCCCACUCUGCAGUUUGCUGAGGCUUGGAUCUAACAGAUGUGAUGCUCCUGACAUGAGUGAAUGGCCCCUUAUAUAGCAGACAUGACAGCAGAGAAACCCCCUGGCCCAUGGGUAUCCAGCCCUGUGGGGGAGGUCAAGUUAAUGCCUGAACACGGGCUGGAGGAGGAACUCAACAGCUGCAACCAAGAAGUAACGCACUAUCACACAGACACGCCCACUGAGGAAUGUGCAGCAAUCAUUGACAGUCUGCACAGCGAGGAGCCGUUCUGUAGGAUCUGCCAUGAAGGCAGUUCCUCGGGGGAGCUACUGUCCCCCUGCGAGUGCUCUGGUAGCCUGGCCAUGGUGCACCGGUCUUGCCUGGAGCACUGGCUCACCGCCUCCAACAGCAGCCACUGUGAACUCUGCCACCACCAGUUUGCACUCGAGCGCCUGCCGAAACCUCUCACUGAGUGGUUGUGUUCUCCAUCCAUCCAACAACAGAGGAGGACGCUGUGUGGUGACGCAGUGUGUUUCUUGUUCAUCACACCACUCGCCAGCCUGUCAGGAUGGCUGUGUGUUCAGGGCGCCAUGGACCUCUACUACACCAACGGCAUGGAGGCCCUGGGACUCCUUGUACUCACAUUGGCCCUCUUUACCAUAUACGUCUUCUGGACCGUGGUUUCUGUGCGCUACCACAUGCAUCUGUUCAAGACAUGGAAGAAGACCGACCAGAGAGUGCAACUGCAGAUUCCCUUGCCUGCCCACACCACACGUCACCAACAGACCCUGUCCAUGAACACCUUCGGCAAAGCCACCAACAAAGAGACUAUGGUGUAGACUACAUUCUACAAUCCUGAACAUAAGUCACAUAUGAGGGAGGAUAGUAACAAAGCUCAAGACAGGUUCCAAUCCUGAUAUAGAAAAGUUGAAGCCAGGACUAAAAGACUCCUUUAAGAGGUGGAGGACAGAGUCUGUCUCACAUCUGACAUCUUUUCUGGAGAAGACA